AUGAAGGCCACUACUGCUUCAGUGCUGCUCGCGCUCUCCGCCGCCGUCAAUGCUCAUCCGGCGGUCGAUACCACGUACCCCUAUACUGGCCCAAAGGUGCCCGUCGGCGACUGGGUUGAUCCGACCGUCAAUGGCAACGGCAAGGGGUUCCCUCGUCUGGUCGAGGCGCCUGCGGUCAAGCCGGGCUCGUCUCAUCCGACCAACAACGUCAAUGUGAUCUCGCUGUCUUAUCUUCCCGAGGGCAUCCAUAUUCACUAUCAGACUCCCUUCGGUCUGGGCCGAGCUCCAUCGGUGAAGUGGGGAACCAAUCCCCACCACCUGAACCGUGUUGCCGAAGGUUUCACCCAUACCUAUGGUCGUACCCCGUCGUGCUCUGAGGUCAAGGCCGUCACUCAAUGCAGUGAAUUCUUCCACGAAGUUUCCCUUCCCAACUUGGAGUCUUCCACGACCUACUACUACCAGAUUCCGGCUUCCAAUGGUACUACUCAGUCCGAUGUCCUGAGUUUCAAGACCGCCCAAAAGGCGGGUGACCCCAAGGAGUUCUCUGUCGCCGUGCUGAACGAUAUGGGCUACACUAACGCCCAGGGUACUCACAAGUACCUCGCCCAGGCCGCCGACGAGGGAACCGCCUUUGCCUGGCACGGUGGUGAUAUCAGUUACGCUGAUGACUGGUACUCCGGUAUUCUUCCCUGCGAGAGCGACUGGCCCGUUUGCUACAACGGCACCAGCAGCGAGCUUCCUGGCGGUGUCAUUACAGAGGAAUACAAGACGCCGCUCCCAAAGGGCGAGGUCCCCAACCAGGGUGGUCCCAAUGGUGGUGAUAUGAGCGUACUUUACGAAUCCAACUGGGAUCUCUGGCAGCAGUGGAUGGGUAAAAUUACCAAGAAGAUACCCUACAUGGUUCUUCCCGGUAACCACGAGGCUGCCUGCGCCGAGUUCGACGGCCCCGGCAAUGUCCUGACUGCCUAUCUCAACGACGAAAUCUCCAACGGCACCGCUGCCAAGGAUGGUCUCACGUACUACAGUUGCCCACCUUCCCAGAGAAACUUCACUGCCUUCCAGCACCGAUUCCGCAUGCCCGGCGAGGAGACCGGCGGUGUCGGCAACUUCUGGUACUCGUUCGACUACGGCCUUGCUCACUUCGUUUCCAUGAACGGUGAGACCGAUUACGCCAAGAGCCCCGAGUGGUCCUUCGCUGAGGAUCUCUCUGCCAACGAGACUCAUCCCAAGGAAUCUGAGACCUUCAUCACCGACAGCGGCCCCUUCGGCCGCGUCAGCAACGUGUCGGACACCAAGUCCUACGAGCAGUACCAGUGGUUGAAAAAAGACCUUGAGAGUGUCGACCGCAAGAAGACACCCUGGGUUGUCGUAAUGAGCCACCGGCCCAUGUACAGCUCCGCCUACUCCUCCUACCAGAAAAACAUCCGUGCGGCCUUUGAGGCGCUCAUGCUUGAGAACGGUGUCGAUGCCUACCUCUCCGGCCAUAUCCACUGGUACGAGCGCCUCUUCCCGAUGGGCAACAGCAAGAUCGACACUGCCUCCGUCAUCAACAACAAUACCUACCAGACCAAUGCUGGAAAGUCCAUGACCCAUAUCAUCAACGGCAUGGCCGGAAACAUCGAGAGCCACAGCGAGUUCAGCACCGGCGAGAGUCUGACCAACAUCACCGCUGUCCUGAACAAGAGCGAGUAUGGUUUCAGUAAGAUGACAGUUGUCAACUCCACUGCUCUGAAGUGGGAAUACGUUCGUGGCAACGAUGGCUCUGUCGGCGAUUACCUUUGGCUGGUGAAGCCUAGCAACGGAAAAGAGACCGGAAAAGGCGGCCAUGGCAAGAAAUGA